GUGUGUUCUGCUGGUUUCAUGGCUCUCCUCACCAAUGUCGCCAUCCUGCUUAUUCUGGCUUGUAUUUCCCAUCAGCUGAUGUUGAGCAGCUGUCAGAAAAGCCAAGGGAGGAGGGGACGGGGGAUGGACAGAAGACAAGACAGGACCAAGCCAGGCCUAAAGGUGGGCCGUCAACCCAAAUCUGUCUCUGCCCAGCCCAUUAAGGGCAAAAUGGUUACCAAAGACAAGUCAGAGUGUACCUGGGAAGCGACAGGUGAGGACCUCUUCAUUCUCAGUGUCAGCUGCAAGAAGAGAGACAGGAGCUUCAGCUGUGAGUAUGUCUCCAGACCAGCUGUUUGUCCCCAGUACUCUUCCAAUGUCAAUCUUUACUGGAAGCAAAUCGCCAGGGCACUGAAGAAGCAAAAGAAUUUGUGCCAGGACAGUCGUGCUUUGGUCAGGGCGGGCAUGUGCAGAAGAGCUGCCAGAGAAGCUAAUUUCAGACUCCAUAAUGCACAGAGAAAGACUGACUCGCCUUCCAUCCCACUGCCCACACCCAGAGCUGUCAAAUCCUGUCAACCUGAUAACAAGAAGAGGGCAGAGGAGUACUGCAACGACUCCUGGUCGAGUGUUUGCACCUUCUUUUUCACUAUGGUGCAGGAUUAUGAUUGCUGAGACAGAAAAAGUGCAAAGGUGAAAUAAAUUCAGCUCUCUACAUGUCUAAUUAUACACACUUUACAGAAGAAAGAUGUAAUCUAUUCUCACAGAAUAAUUUUAGUAUUUUAUGUAGAUUGCACACUGGAAGUAUUUCUUCAAAUUGUUAAUAGUGGUUCUAGCCCUUAAUAAAUACCUUUUUUAUCUAGUUAAUGUUGCUCUAUGAUUCGUUAAUUUGGGAGAAAUGUAUUAGUGAUAACUUGAUUUUAAAAAGAAUACCUUGAUUGUUGCCUCUUGUAACCACACAUACACAACUUAAGCACAGAUAUCCUGCAUGCCCCUCUCCAUUUUUGUGUCUAGUCACCACAACUUCAUGUGAUUUCAUUUAAAGGCAUGUUUUCCAUCAUACUUACUUGAUUUUGAAAAGAAGAAUUACUUAAAUAAGAUCACCUUGUUGUCCUUUUAAAACAAUUUAAUUUAUGUCGAAACCCCUUUCAUUCUUCUCCAAAUGUGUGUGCACUGUCCUGCCGCAGGCAUUUGCUGGGAGAUUAGCAGUUUGAGCAUGUUGGGUAUUGACACAGUAAUUUAAUCAGAGUCAGUGUGAUUUUUUAGACGCCUUGGCCUGCAUACUUUGGUACUGACCUGCCUCUGAAUCCACAUUCUCAGUAUGAAAACAUUAAAACAUCACAUGCUUAACUUGCAAAAUCAGUGUUCAUAAAUUUAAUCCACUAAAAGCCAGUGGUGGAGGAAGCAUUCAAAUCAUCUAAAU